AAAAUGUCGGAAUUUUUCCAUUUCUAUUGGCCUUUUACUUAUUACUAUUUAGUAUUUACUUUUUGUGUUUUAGUGAGUGUCGUCAAUAGGGUGCUCGUCAGUGCCUGUCACUCCUCUGGUUUGCUUGAAAUCUGACUCAUUGAUUAGUGAACAGUGAACAUAAAACAUUAUUCUACUCCUCGUUAAAUUACAACAUUACAGUGCGCUUUAUUAUUUCUAUUACUAAUACUUAUUGGUAUUGAAAAUAAUUUGAUUACACUAGCUGUGUUAUAAAUCGCUUUGAUAUUUUAACAUCACUUAAUAUUUUAUCAUUGUCUACUUUUGUUUUUAAUUUAGUUUGUCAUUGUCAAAGAUUAAUAAACGACCCGAAUAUCAUUCUGGUUGUUUUUUUUUUAAUCUCGACUCGAUUUUUUUUUUUUUUAAUACACCUACCUACGAAAUUAAAUAUUUUACCGCAGCGAAGUUAUGGCUGAUCAAAAUCAAAAUCCAGGAACUCCUGGUUCUAGUAAUCAAUAUCCAAACUGGCCUCAACCCAUGAACUGGUCUUAUGGAAAUUAUACGGGACCUCAAAUGUAUAAUAUGAAUGCGUUUUAUGCUGCACAAUGCUAUAAUCAGCAAGGAUUUCAAAGUUUUCCCACUCAAUCUUUAAAUUUUAAUUUUAAACCAUUUGUUCAUGGAGGCACAUUAGAAACUGCAACUGUUUCACAGGAAAAUUCUCCUCCUUUACCAAAUGGACCAGCUCCUUCACAACCUCCUCCACCUCAAUUCGAUAGUGAUGAUUUAGAUAAACUUCCACCUUUACCACCUGGUUCUCCACCACCCGUUCCUGGAAUAUGUGAUGUACCCCUACCACCUCAACCAAAUAUGUCAUCUUUACCUCCCAUGCCUCAAACUAAAAAUGGCAGAAAAAAAUGGAGAAAAAAACAACGUAACUUAAUGGAAGCAGCUAUGGCUAACCAAUCUGCACAAAUUGCCCCACCUGUAUAUCCUAUAAUAAAUUAUGUUCCUCCUGUUCCUAUUACACAACCCCCUCCUACUCCAAAACAAACUAUACCAAAUUCUUUAUUUUCAUUUACUCCUAUAGUUCCCAGCAAACCACCACCACCACCUCAACAACCGAUACCACCACAACAACCAGUACCACCACAACAACCGAUACCAUCUAAAGAAAUUCAAUCUAUUCAAAAAAAGCAGAAUACCUUUGAUUUGCCAGAUAAUUGUCCAUCUAGUUUGAGAGAUUAUAUAAAAAGAUGUCAAGAUAAAUGUGUUAAUAAAAUAGACAGAGAUAGAAUGGAUAUAAUUUUAAAAGGAAAAUUGACCAAUGCAAAUCAUGAUGGGUCACUGUGGAUUAAAGACUGGGCUAAAGAACCAAUGCCAAUGUUAUUAAGUGAAAAUAUUACAAUAAACCAAAACCCAGAAAAUGGUAAAAAUAAAAACUCAAUCAUCAAAAUUGCAUUCAAAAAAUCUACAAACAACUAUGUCAAUUGCUACUUUACUUCAAAAUUCAAAUCUUGUUUGUCUCCUUCAUCAAAUAGUUCUAAUGAAUCUAAUACUGAUGUUAUUAAAAAGAAAAACAGUCCACUACGCGAAAAUAAAAGACAAAAUAGUGAUGACUUUAUUCCUCUUAAUGUCAAUAGUGAUGAAAGUAAUAGCAAAAAAAGUAAAUAUGCUAGUAAGAAUAAAAAAUUAUAUAAUGAAGAUGCUCAUAUUUAUCAACAAUAUGGUUCAAUAAAUAAUAAACCAAGUUAUGAUAAACAUUUGUUAACUAAGCGUGCUGCACGUUUUUCAUCCCAGGGAAGCCCCAAAAAAAAGUCUCGUCAAAUAAUAAAAAAUGAUUAUCACACUCAAAAGUUAUCUUCUAUGGAUGAUGAAGAGUUUCAUAUAGACUCUUGUCAUAUUGUGGGAACAUGUGUUGAUUUAGAAAAAAAAUAUUUAAGAUUGACUGCAGCACCAGAUGCUGAAGCUGUAAGACCGCUAAGGGUUUUGGUAAAUUCAUUACAACAUGUUAAGUCGAAAUGGAUGAGUAAUAACGACUAUGUUUUUGCAUGUGAUCAAUUAAAAUCAAUUAGACAAGACUUGACAGUGCAAGGUAUUAGAGAUCCAUUUACAGUUGAAGUAUAUGAAACACAUGCUAGGAUAGCUUUAGAAAAAAGCGAUAUGGGAGAAUUCAAUCAAUGUCAGACUCAAUUGUGUGAUUUGUAUGAGGAAUUAAAAGAUAAUUCUACUGCUCAAAAAAAUAGAAAUGAAUUUCUCUGUUAUAGUAUAUUAUAUUGUAUAUACACAAGAGCUUUAUGUGAAUUAAAUAAUGUUUUAUUGUGUAUUAAAGAGUCAAAAAUUAAAGACAAGAGUGUAGAUUUUGCAUUGAAAGUCAAAGAUGCGUGGUGGUUAGGAAACCAUAUUCAGUUAUUUUCUUUGUACAAAGUAGCUCCUAAAAUGGCUUCAUACUUAAUGGAUAUGUUUCUGGCUAGAGAACGCAAUAACUUCUAUUUGGCUAUUGCCAAGUCUUACCGUCCGACUAUUCCAAUCUCGACUAUUCAAGAUCAAAUGGCAUUCGAUAAGCGUGAGGAUUGUUUGGCUUUUCUUAAGGCUGCAGGCGCUGUAUUUACUUCCAAUAACGAAAACAUCGACUGCAAAGCAAGCUGCGGUUCGACCGAAGCUUGACUUUCAGAUGGUUUCGUUCUCGUGUCUACAUAAUCACAUAUGUAUAUGUAUAUAUAACUAAUAUAUGAAAGUCUUCGUUGAUUUGUCGUCAUAGAAAAAAACCACGAUGGGCCACAAAUUAAAAUUCUACUUCUAUAUAUAUAUCUAACUACAUCUAUAAAAUUAUUUUAUGAAUCAAAAAUAAGUUAGGUAUGUCAGUCAUGGAGACUAACAUAUGUUUUUCAACACAAUUUAUUCCAAUGGACCACUUUGUGCAAAAAAAUGUUAACCAUAUUUUUGGGCAAUUCAGCUUCGUUUUCUACGUCCAUCUCUCUCUCUAUUUUUUUUUUUUUUUUUUUGUAUUGUCGAUUGUGUCUGGCCUUUAUUAUUCUGAUGGCUACAAAAUGUUAUGAAGAAAUCACAGAUAUUUUUUGUAUUUACACCCGAUUGUUAAAGUAUGAAUCACGAGUAAGUAACAGAUGUCCCAAAUACUCCAUGAAAAUUCAAUUUACUUGCAACUGAGAAAAAAAAUACUUGCUCAAUGAAUAUAUGCAGUCACUUGUGCCAAAUCUUGAGUUAGGUAAGUAGGUGCUCUGUUGCUGAAUUUUGUGAAAAUCCUACCUGUGUAUUAUGGAAGAAGUAUAGCAGACACCAAUUCAAUGUGGAUCAAUUUUAAAAAGGACCAACUGGAAAAUUCAUAUCAAUUAACUAUACAUUUUUUGUGUGUAAUUUGAACAUACAAAACAUUUAGUCUAAAUAAUUUUUUCUUAUAUUUAAUUAC